AUGCCAGCGAGGCUGUCGGGGUUUCUGUGCUCUGCUCUGGGCAGUAGGACCUUUCUGCAGCUCCCGAGGUCUCACUUGCUCCAUCGCAACCAGCAUCUCGCCGGCUGGGAAAGCACCGGCUUGCCUAGGGGGACCUAACUGAGGCUUUCAGAGAGAAUGAAUAAAAAUUCUUCCAACAUAAUGGCUUUGGCUCCUAACACUUCUAACAAAAGAGAGACUGUGUGCAUAUUUGGAACUGGAGAUUUUGGAAGAGCUUUGGGGCAUAAAAUGAUUCAGGCCGGAUACCCCAUUGUGUUUGGAAGCCGGAGCACACAGACUUCCAGCCUGAUUCCCAAGGAUGCAGAGGUGUUGAGCCAUGCAGAGGCAGCUCAGAAAGCUGCCAUCAUCAUUAUAGCAAUCCAGAGGCAACAUUACAACUUCCUUACACCACUAGCAGAAGUUCUCCAUGGAAAAGUCUUGGUGGACGUAAGCAACAACUUGAAAAUAAACCAGUAUCCUGAAUCCAACACAGAGUACCUCGCUCAUCUGGUGCCUGGCGCUAAGGUUGUGAAAGCCUUUAACACUGUGUCAGCCUGGGCCUUGCAGUCGGGCACACUGGAUGCAAGCCGGCAGGUGUUUGUCUGUGGAGAUGACAUGGAAGCUAAACAAAUGGUGAUGGAUAUAGUUCGUGCUCUGGGUCUCACUCCAUUAGAUAAGGGAUCCCUCUUGGCUGCUCAAGAAAUAGAAAAUUACCCUCUGCAGCUCUUUCCAAUGUGGAAGUUUCCCAUCAUUUUGUCCUUUUGCCUAACCGCCUUCUUCUUCUUCUACUGUGUGAUUCGUGAUAUAAUUUACCCUCAUGUUUAUGAAAACCAAGACUUUUCAUUUUUUAUUGCAAUUUCCAUUCCAAAUCGGAUCUGCCCUAUAUUGGCACUCAUUCUUCUUGCCUUGGUUUAUCUGCCUGGCAUAUUUGCUGCAAUUCUUCAGUUAUACAGAGGUACCAAAUACCACCGUUUCCCGGACUGGCUGGACAAAUGGAUGCUUUGUAGGAAACAACUCGGUCUAGUAGCCUUGGCGUUUGCUUGUCUGCACGUUUUGUACACGCUUGUCAUCCCAAUUCGCUACUUUGUAAGAUGGAGAAUCAGCAGUUAUAUCAUCUCCCAGGUACUGAACAACCAAACACAACCACUUGACAACACUAAUGCCUGGAUAAGUGACUCUUACUUGGCUUUGGGAAUUUUAGGAUUUUUUUUAUUUGUUCUUCUGGGAAUAACCUCCUUGCCCUCUGUCAGCAACAAUGUCAACUGGCGAGAAUUUCGAUUUGUACAGUCCAAACUGGGAUACCUGACACUGAUUUUGUGCACUGCACACACACUGUUCUAUGGUGGAAAGCGGUUCCUGAGCCCGUCCUCGUACAGAUGGUAUCUUCCAAACGCCUAUAUGCUCUCCCUCAUUGUUCCAUGCAUGGUACUGGUUGUCAAAUUUGUGCUGAUAUUUCCUUGUCUAGACAAACCUCUCACGCGAAUUCGACAGGGCUGGGAGAGGAAUCCACAACACUCAGCACAGUCAAAUUACAUUAUCAACAAGUCUGCUGUAUAA